AUGUCAGAUGAUGCAUUUAGUGACGUUGGAAGUGAAGAUCGGUAUGUAGCCUCUGAUUCAAGCAGCGUUGCAGAGGAAUCAAAGGAAAUCAUGAACAACUGGAAGAAAAGGCGUGAGUUAGAGAUUGAAGAAAGAGAUCGUGUGGAAGAAGAAGCUAAACGUAAGCUACAAGAGGAAGCUGAACAGCAUAUUAAUGAUUUCUACGACGUGUACAAUAAGAAAAAGCAACAUCAAUUAGAACAAUCAAAGGCCGAAGCUGAGCAGUUUUUGAAGGAAAGAGAAGAGUUUUUUAAUCAAGAUAACACUCUUUGGGACCGUGUAUUGCAAUUAAUAAAUGUUGAUGAUGCCGAUCAGAUAGGUGAUCGCGACAGGUCUAAAUUUAAGGAAAUCCUUUUAAAGCUACAGGGCGACAAGAACGCUCCUGGUCUUUCGGACAAGUAA